GUUCUGUUACUUUCUGCACGUAUUGGCCCCCUCGGCAGGCAACCAACUGGGCGCGGACUGAAACAAGCCAACUGUGGUGACCACCUCUAGCACCGGCUAGUAUUCAGGUACAGCGCCGCCACGACCCUCCAUCACAGACGACGAGCCAGUCGGCUUGCUUUGUUUGCAGUGAAGCUCCACCGCAUUAAUGCAGGAACAUAAAAAGGAGCAAACGGCUCAAGACACACCGGCGCUACUCUUUGCACUGUGCAAUCGAUCUCGCUCGCGCACUGCUCUCACUUUAUUGUUGGUCGCCUUUACAGUGCUGGCAACAGUGACACCGUGUGCUCUCAGUGUUCAGGCCUCCAACAAGCAGACGACGAAUCGAUCCACCAAGAAAAGUGCCAGUGUUCUCGACUUUGGCCAAGAACUUCCCACCUGGGACUCGAUUGAUCAUGCCCAGGAACCUAAGGAUGCACAAUAUCAUGGAACCAACGGACUGGCCCGACUGGCCUCCUUUACCUUAACUUUUCGGUGCUAUCCGCCUUCGAGUGGCAAAAGAAACACUGGGUCGACAAAUGCGGAGCCUCAAUCGCGAUUUUGGCAACCUCCUCUUGAGUUUUCCUUUGUCUUCCAACAAGGUCCGAGUCAGUCAAAGAGAGCUUUUUCUUUGUUCUUUUCUUGGUCUGAGCGUCUGGCGUCCCAAGCUGUCGGCCAUUCCCGCUUUGUUAGUCUGGGGCGUACCUGACCGCCACGUUGACACAAGGACACUUGCUCCGCCCGUACCUGGACAAGUGGAGGGCAGGAUAAUCGGGGCCGGACUGCUGCACAAGAAACAAUGUCACUUUGUUGGUGCACGGCAGCCAGCAUUCCAGGUUGAAGCCUCUGCGUAACACGAAACUGUCCUUGGUAACAUUCGCCCACCCUGGCAGCCCCUCAAACGCCAAGCACAUUGAGCAAAUUCUUUUGCGGCGGCCCAAGGAGUCUCCCGAUGGCUCCAUCAAAACCCCUGCAGAAAGCC